GAGUCUGCAGUCAGACACUCAGAGGGACUUGGCUCUCCUUUUGAAGCCUGCUCAUCUUCGGUUUUCUUCUGCUCACGAGUUGGCAACCUUUACCACUAAAUAAAAAUGAUGUAUGGAAGGAAGGCACUCUCAGUAACCUCCGGUGGCAGCACCAGGAGGGCCACUGCAGGACCAAGCACCAGCUAUUCCAUAAAGAGAUCCAGCUUUGGUGGUCUUGGUGCUGGGUAUAACAGCAGUAGUUCUGGUUAUGGCAUGACUAUGAUGGGUGGUGGUGGCUCAGGCUUCAGUCUUGGUUCUAGCCAAGCAGGAGGCACUUUGAUGGCACCACCGAUCACAGCUGUCACAGUCAACCAGAGCCUGCUGGCCCCACUGAACCUGGAGAUUGACCCCACCAUCCAGGCUGUCCGCAACCAGGAGAAGGAGCAGAUCAAGUCCCUCAACAACCGCUUCGCCUCCUUCAUUGACAAGGUCCGUUUCCUGGAGCAGCAGAAUAAGAUGCUGGAGACCAAAUGGAGCCUCCUGCAGGACCAGACCACCACCCGCUCCAACAUCGAGGGUAUGUUCGAGGCCUACAUCGCUAACCUGCGCAGACAGCUUGAUGGACUGGGCAAUGAGAAGGUUAAGCUGGAGGGAGAACUCAAGAACAUGCAGGGCCUGGUUGAGGACUUCAAGAGGAAGUACGAGGAUGAAAUCAACAAACGUGCAGCUGCAGAGAAUGAGUUUGUGCUCCUGAAGAAGGAUGUUGAUGCUGCCUACAUGAACAAGGUGGAGCUGGAGGCCAAGGCUGAUGCUCUUCAGGAUGAGAUCAACUUCCUCAGGGCCGUCUAUGAGGCUGAGCUUCGUGAGCUGCAGGGCCAGAUCAAGGAUACCUCUGUCAUUGUGGAAAUGGACAACAGCCGUAACCUUGACAUGGAUUCCAUUGUGGCUGAAGUGCGUGCUCAGUAUGAGGAUAUUGCCAACAGGAGCAAGGCUGAGGCAGAGACCUGGUACAAACAGAAGUACGAGGAGAUGCAGUCCUCUGCUGGACAGUAUGGUGAUGACCUGCGCACAACCAAGGCUGAGAUUGCUGAGCUGAACCGCAUGAUCGCCCGUCUUCAGAAUGAGAUUGAGGCCGUCAAGGGACAGAGGGCAAACCUUGAGGCUCAGAUCGCAGAGGCUGAGGAGCGUGGUGAGCUGGCAGUGAAGGAUGCCAAGCUCCGCAUCAAGGAUCUGGAGGACGCCCUGCAGAGAGCCAAGCAGGACAUGGCCCGCCAGGUGCGUGAAUACCAGGAGCUGAUGAACGUCAAGCUGGCCCUGGACAUCGAAAUCGCCACCUACAGGAAACUGCUGGAGGGAGAGGAGACCAGACUGGCCAGCGGACCCUCAAGCGCAACCAUCCACGUGCAGCAGAGCUCUUCGGGUGGUUCUCUCUCCAGCUCCAGCAGUGGAUUCGGCUUCGCUAACAGCAGCAUGGCUGGUGGUUAUGGCGGUUUUGGUGGCACCAUCACCAAGUCAAGCACUAUCACAACAUCAUCCUCCAGAAGACCUUAUUAAAAAGGAGAGCCGUCCCUCUUACCCUUCAGAAACUUUUGAAAUUCAUUUAAAUCUGUCCACUCUCAGGGUGCUAUGCAAUACUGUCAUAUUCAACAAGAGAGCUAAAUAUCUCAAAAAUCAGUGAUUCCUAAAAUGUCAGACAAAAAAAAAACAAACUAAAAUUCUCAUUGGAUUUUGUUACACUGCCACCAUUUGUGUCUCAAGGAUCACUGGCUGCUUUUCUUACUCUGUACUUCAACAUCAUUUAAGAGUUUCUGAAGGUAAACAUUGGCCUUAAACACACAAGGGCCAGGUCAGUUAGCAAGGUAAAAUUGGUUUUCUCUCUGCACUGACAUCCAAGAAAUAAUUAAAAAGGCAAAAAAAAACAAGGGUUUUCAUGAAGUGUUAAAACUAAGCAGGGAAAGUAUUUGAAAAUCUGUAUUCUCCCUUGUCAACUUUGUAUACUGUUGUACACUGUUCUGAGUUGAUAAUUCCUUCAUUUGAGUGCUGGUCCUAGUAAAAAGAACAAGUCAUUGACCAAAUCUGGUCACUAGAGAUACAAGAAUAAGAAAUGUAUGUGACGUCAUGUGUUUACAAUUAAACUUGGUUACUGGCUUGUUCCUUUUUACUGUUCUGACAAAUGUUUCCCUGCUCAGUUUUGCCUUUCCUUGCCUUCAAGCUAAAACUAUGUUGAAACCAGAUUUAUUUUGUGAAAGCCUUCUUAGCAACAUGACUGAUGAAUGUUGCAGCAAAUGACAUCAAAUCAAUCUGAAUAAAAUAAAUCUGAGAACUGAAA